UUUCAACAUUCAGCAUCCCACUACAAAACAUUUCAUACGGAUUACACUACACAUAUAAGAGAGAGAGAAGAAUCGCAACUAUCGACAAUUCUCACAACUAAAACUUCAAAAAAUGGCUGCGGUCCUCGGAAAACGGAAGUCUCGCGCGCAAAAACCGGAACCCUCGGUGUCCCAAGAAGAAGCCCAAGCCAUCUUCCGCCGCCACUUCGAAGCGCAGUUUGAGCCGCUACAACCGUCGUCACAUGCCGUCUCGAAACCGGCACAAGCUGCUGACGAACCCGAAGAUCUACGCUCCGAUUCCGAUUCCGACGACGAUGACGACGCCGCCUCCGAGGACUCCUGGGACGGCGUAUCCGACUCCGAGUCGGAAUCCUCACCGCCCGGCUCGUCAGCCGUCGAAGUCGUCGAAGUAGUCACGCACACGAGCAAGCUCCCCCCGCUCUCCGCUGACCCCCUCGCCAAGCGCGAGAGCAAAGCGUACCUCUCCUCGCGGGUCCCCUCCUCGUCCCUAGACCCCAGCGCCUCUCUUUCCUCUUCUUCCGCCCAAGCCGCCGCAAACCGUAAAGCCGCCGCGGAGGAGGACGCCCCCUCGCUCCUGAAGAACGACCUCGCGCUGCAACGCCUGCUCUCCGAAUCGCAUCUGCUCGCCGGCCGGGGCCACGACGGCAGCAUCGAGCACGCCGGCCGCAACCGCCACCUGGCGACGGACCUGCGGCUCGCGGCGCUCGGGUCCAAGGCGAGCAUCUUCGCGCAGGCCAAGAUGCCCAUGUCGCACCGGAAAGGCAUCGUGGCCGCCGCCGCCGCCCGCGAGUCCAAGCGGCGCAGGGAGGCGCGCGAGAACGGCAUCAUCCUCGAGCGGCCUGCGGGUGGCGUGGGCGCUGGCGCGAAGGGGGGGAAGCCCACGAUGAGGAAGCGCGAGAGGGCUGUCGAUGCGCCGGCCGUGGGCAGGUUAAGGAAUGGUAUGCUGAAGCUGAGUAGCAAGGACAUCGCGGAGAUCCAGGGGAGUGAUAGGAGGUCUAGGGGCGCAAGCGGUGGGAAGAGGAGGAGGAGGUGAAAGAUGGGGAAAGGGUCGGACGUGAACAAUUCGCCUGGAUUCGUUUAGCGACUUCUUUGGAAGUUGAGACGGGGAUACUCGAAGACGCAUUCCAUUGUAUAUGCGUAUUCGCAAAAAAGCUCCGCCAAUUCUACUACUCCUAAUUCCCUCCUCGCCAAUUCAUACACAUUUCUCCAUGGGAAACAUGCCUACGCUCUUGCAUCCACCG